AUGGCCGUUACGCGCUCUGAGGGAAGGGGCAGCAAGCCGUCGUCGUCCAAGGCUACCACCUCGGCGACCGGUACCACCAGUGCGGAAGCCAGUACGGAAUCAACAGCUACAGGGACGACCGCCACGGAGAUUUCGGAGUAUACAGACACCUCCGCGGCGACUGAUCCAUCCACCGUGACUUCCGCCACCGCAGCGACCACUUCGUCCGCCGCCACCUCAGCCUCAGCCGCAACCGCCGCCCCCGCCACGCACCCCGCCAGCGCCGUCGCUCCUUCCGUAACACCAUCCGCGGCGACGACACUAACUGCGGGUGCGAAGGCCAAACAGCUGAUGAAGCCGCCCGCUACUGUCACCAGAGCAACUCACCGAGAAACAGAAACUUCUACAGCGAAGCGAGCCAUAAGAAGCACCGCCGGUCCAUCAAAGCAAACCGGGCUACAGGAACCCCGCCCGCCCAGCAAGAAGGGAGGUGGAGGGGGAUCUACACGCAGUAGAACGAAGCAGCUCAAGCUUGCAAAGGCGAAAGAAGAUUUACUACGCCUUCAAGUGGAAUUAGCCGCAGCACGCCUUGCUGCCUUAGAAAGGGAAGACUCAGAAGAGGAGGAGGAAGAACAAGAUGACGCAUCCCUCUACUCAAGAUCAGAAGUCAAUACAAGAGUGGACGACUGGUUGGAGAAUCAAGUGAAUCGCCCGGUGUUAGCAAUCACCAACGAACCUCACCAGGCCAUAGAAGAACCAACAGCCGCCCACGCAGAAGAACCAAGGCACGAAGAAACACAUCAGUCACCGGCGGGAGGUCAAACUGACGUAGCCCUCCUGGCUGAAGCCAUCACUCGGGCUGUCAGCGCCGCCCAACGACCUAAGUUCGUCGAGUUACCAUUCUUCAGCGGGUCGCAUCAGGAAUGGCUACCCUUUCGCGCCGCCUACUACGAGACAGAAGCGACAUUCAGCGUAGUUGAGAAUACGAAUCGACUCAGAAGAAACUUGAAAGGGAAGGCCAAGGAAGCAGUUGAAGGCCUACUUAUGACAAACGCACACCCGGCUGAAGUAAUGAAGACUUUGGAGUCAAGAUUUGGAAGACCAGAGUCAAUAGCCAUGCUGGAGAUGGAGACGCUUAGAGGUCUGCCGCGCCUUACUGAGUCACCAAGAGACAUAUGCAUAUUCGCCACCAAGAUCUCCAACGUAGUGGCGACACUGAAGACUUUGGGUUGUUUUAACUACAUGUACAAUCCUGAACUCGCGAAGACAAUAGUAGACAAACUGACGCCAACUCUGCGUUAUAGGUACUACGACUUCUCAGCCAUGCAGCCACGUGAAGACCCUUGCCUCAUCAAGAUAGAGAAGUUCUUCAAAAGGGAAGCAGAACUGUGUGGACCCUACGCGCUGCCCGAACAGAUGACACCGCCUAUUACAGCCGCACCACAAAGGAAGACUCAAAGGAUCAACAACGUGACUGAGAAGACAUACAUACCAAGAUGCGUCGUAUGUGAAGAUACGGGGCACACCAACGCCACAGAAUGUGAACAAUUCAAGAAGUUAGAUGCAAAUGCAAGAUGGGACAUGGCCAAGUCCAAGCGCCUCUGCUUCAGGUGUCUUCGCUAUAGGAACAAGACACACCACUGCCGACCCAAGCCAUGUAAUGUCAACUGCUGCAAGUACUCUCACCACAAGAUGCUGCAUUACGAAAAGAAGUCAGAAGAUUCAGAAGCAAAAGAAAAUCAAGGGGCAACAGAGGUCAUCAACUCAACCUGGACCGUCAAGAAGCAAUCAUACUUAAAAAUCCUACCGAUCCAGGUCAAAGGACCAAAAGGAGCUGUCAACACCUUCGCGUUGAUGGACGACGGCUCAACAGUCACGCUCGUCGACGAUAGUAUAGUAACAAGCGUCGGAGCAACGGGCCCCAUAGACCCACUGAAGAUAGAAACCAUCAACGACAAGAAAGUAUCGGAGUCAGCAUCGAGGAGAGUCACCAUCAAACUAAAGGGGCUCAACGAUCAUGAAGAACAAAUACAAGCACGCACAGUGAAGAACCUGCAAGUCUCAUCUCAACGGGUCCCACAGGAUCUAGUGGAGGAGUGUCAACACCUCUCUGAUAUCCAAGGACAUCUCACAUAUGCAAACGCCAAGCCACGAGUGCUGAUCGGACAAGAUAACUGGCAUCUUCUGCUGACAUCGGAAGUAAGAAAAGGAGACAAGAACCACCCAGUGGCAUCUCUCACGCCACUAGGUUGGGUACUCCACGGCAGCCAGACACGAAGCUUCGGACGGAACAUCGAUUUCGUGUCACACAUCGUAGAAGAUCCAGAGGAGAAUCUAGAAGACCUCGUGAAGCGAUACUUCGAGAUGGACGCACUUUGUAUAAAGCCCAAGAGACCGAAGACUGAUCCAGAAGAACAAGCACUUCGUAUCUUGGAAAGGACCACAACGAAGACAGAAGAAGGAAGAUUCCAGACCGGUCUUCUCUGGCGCAAAGACGAUGUCAAGUUACCAGACAAUUACGAAAACUCGCUGAAGAGGCUCUUCAACAUAGAAAAGAAGAUCGAUCGUGACCCCACGUUAAAGAAGAAAUACGUGGAACAAAUGAACGCUCUCGUCGCAAAGGGGUACGCCGAACCCGCCCCAAAACAGAAGACAGCUGACAAAACUUGGUACCUACCUCACUUUGCAGUAGUCAACCCAAUGAAACCGGAGAAAUUACGGGUGGUACACGAUGCCGCAGCCAAGACCAAAGGGGUGGCACUUAAUGACAUGCUACUCAAAGGGCCCGACCUACUACAAUCGCUACCAGGUGUCGUCAUGCGCUUCCGACAACACAUGAUCGCGGUUACGGCGGACAUCAAAGAGAUGUUCAUGCAAGUCAAGUUGCGAGAACAAGACAGGGACGCACUGCGGUACCUAUGGCGUGGGAUUCGACGAGACAACCAACCUCCGGAAGAGUACAGAAUGACAUCAUUAAUUUUCGGAGCAUCGAGUUCGCCUUCGACAGCAAUAUACGUCAAGAACCUAAACGCCAAACAGCACGGGGAAACUCACCCAGAAGCCGCAGCGGCCAUCAUAAUGAAGCAUUACGUCGACGACUACUUGGACAGCUUCAGAACCCUCGAAGAUGCCAAACGCAUCACGAAGAGUGUACGAGCCGUGCACAUGAAAGCCAGCUUCGAGUUGAAACAGUGGAAAUCAAACUCAGCAUCACUCCUAGAAACACUUGGAGAAGACAGCCAGACAGAAGACAUGGAACUCUACAAAACAGAAGAAAAGAUGGAACGAGUUCUGGGUGUUGUUUGGAAGAUCCACUCGGACGAACUCACCUUCAACCUCAACUUAGCCAGAAUACCCUCAACACUCCUAGAAGGGAAGCAGCCGACGAAAAGGGAAGCACUGAGAAUAGUGAUGUCGCUCUUCGACCCGCUCGGAUUCGCCUCGCCUAUCACCAUCAGGGCAAAACAACUCCUCCAGGAAGUCUGGCGUAGAGGAACAGCAUGGGACGACAAGAUCGACGAAGACCUGGCAGAGCAGUGGAAAAUGUGGAUGGAGCAUCUGGAAGGCCUCCACGAAAUAGCAAUCCCGCGACAAUAUCUUCACUACAGUGACGCGGCCUCCCUAGAACUCCACGUCUUCAGCGAUGCCAGCGAGUCAGCUUAUUCUGCGGUCCUCUUUUGGAGAGCUGUAACAGCAGUAGGCGAGGUCCACCUAUCCCUUAUUGUGGCGAAAGCAAAGGUGGCACCGUUAAAACUGACGUCCAUCCCAAGAUUGGAGCUACAGGCAGCAGUCAUGGGCACCAGGCUCGCAGAAACAGUAGUCGAAGAACACGAGAGGAAACCUGACCGCAAAGUAUUCUGGACAGACAGCAAGACAGUACUAACCUGGAUAAGGACAGGGUCACGUUCAUAUAAGCCCUACGUGGCUCACCGUCUAGCAGCAAUAGAAGAGAGUUCCAAAGUUAACGACUGGCGCUGGGUUCCGACAAAGCUGAACGUGGCGGACGACGCCACACGAGACGUACCAGCAGCAUUUAAUAAAGAACAUCGAUGGUUCAAAGGGCCUGACUUCUUAUACCUAACAGAAGACUUCUGGCCGACAGAAACCACAAGAGCAACAGCGGAAGAACCUUCCGACGAAGAAAGGACACAUUACGUGAGCAACAAAAGAAGAUUGAGGCUUGCCGAAGGUCUACCUGAUCCAGCGAAGUUCUCCAACUGGGACCGACUCCGAUACUCAACCGCACGUGUUCUACAGUUCAUUCAACUCUGCAGAAACACCAAACAGAGAGUCAACCACAUGACGACAAAGAAGCGGUCGCCAGAAGACAUAAAGCCGCUAAUGGUCUCAGCCGAGCUGCUUAAGACAGCUGAAGAGCUUCUGAUGCGAUCCUCCCAAGAAGAAUCCUUUGCGGAAGAAAUAGACAGCCUAAACAGCGGGAAGCCGAUCAAUAAGGAGAGCCGCCUUCGCCAGCUCAGCGUCGAGUCAAUAAACGGCACACUACGACUUAGAAGUCGUAUUCGAGCAGUCUGCGACAUGGAGGAAAAAUUCAAGAACCCGUUGAUAAUUGACGGUGAUCAUCACACAGUCAAGCUCUGGGUGCAGGCUAUACAUCGGCAACUCCAUCACGCCGGUGUAGAAGCCACAGUUAACGAGUGCCGGCAGCAGUAUUGGGUACUGAGACUGCGCCCUAUCGUACGCACAAUACUACGAAAAUGCCUAUUCUGCAGAAUGAAGACGCAAGUACCGCCGCAUCCGAGAACCGGGGACCUGCCAACGUGUCGCUUAGCUCACCACAAGCGCCCCUUCACCUACACCGGGGUGGACUAUUUCGGACCUCUUUCGGUGACCGUCGGACGAACUCGACAAAAGAGAUAUGUGGCCAUUUUUACAUGUCUCACUACGCGAGCCAUACAUCUAGAAGUUGCCGGCUCACUUAGCGCUGACUCCGCGGUAAUGGCCAUAAGGCGGAUGAUCGCACGGCGAGGCUGCCCGACAGAAAUAUGGUCAGACAACGGCACCAACCUGAAGGCAGCCGAUAAGGAACUACGACAGGCGGUCGACGCAGCGACCGCAGAAGAAGCAGCAAAAAGGACUAUCUCCUGGCGCUACAUCCCGCCUGGAGCUCCAUUUAUGGGCGGAGCCUGGGAGCGAAUGGUUCGCUCCGUCAAGACCGCUCUUAUCGCGACGUUGCACGAACGUCAUCCGACGGAGGAAGUCCUCACGACACUACUGGUAGAAGUGGAAUACACCGUCAACAGCCGACCGCUGACUCACGUCUCAGUCAGUCCAGAGGAUCCCGAAGCUCUCACUCCUAACCACUUCUUGUUGGGAGGACCGGGACGAGUACCACAGCUAGGCACUUUCACCGAACGAGACGCCCUCUCACGGUCAAGUUGGCGAGCCGCGCAGAGGCUAGCCGACACCUUCUGGUUACGCUGGGUGAAGGAGUACCUCCCUGAGCUUCAACACCGGAGGGAGCCCCACGGACAAGGCCAAGCAGCACGCGUCGACGACCUCGUACAGAUCGUCGAUCCCAACCUGCCUCGCAACGUGUGGAUACGAGGAAGAGUCAUCGCUACAUAUCCGGGUCCCGACAACGUCGUGCGGACUGUGGACGUGCUAACUAAGGGAGGUGUCCUACGCCGGCCAGUAAGGAAGCUUGUGAUCCUGCCUCUAUCUACGGACGUCGAGCCCGCACCGGAAGCUGAUGCGACGCGGUCGCACGGCGGGAGUGAUGUGCGGGACAAGAGAAAAACAAAUAGUGAUACAUAA